UGACAUGUGUAAGACAUUAAGCCCCUGGGUCCUGCUCUCCGUGGCUGUGGUGCACUGCAGAGGCCCCUGGGAGAACUUGUUUUUAAAGAGGUGGCUUUAUAUACGAGAGGGAAGCUGACUGGAGAACUCUGGGGUGGGACGAACUUGAGAGAAACAGAAACCAACCCCCCCACUCCAGUCCUCGAACGAGCUGGGAGCAGUGGCCAAGAGGCAGACAGCACAUGACAUCCUGCCCAUGAGCAGCUCCUUGCAGAGCAGCCGGGCUCUGUGGUGCCCCCAGCAGCAAGGUCUGGACGGACGCCCCACAGCGUGGCGAGCAGGCCCUGCGGACGGUAGCAUGCAGACGGUCUGGUGGCUCUGGUCCCUCGUGGCCCUCUGCUCUGGAGACCAGUUCCGGGGUGAGGCUGAGAAGAUCAUGCGGGCCACACCUGUCAUCGAUGGGCACAACGACCUUCCAUGGCAGCUGCUAACGCUGUUCAACAACCAGCUCCGGGAGAAGGCGGCCAACCUGACGAGCCUCGCCCAGACCCACACCAACAUCCCCAAGCUCAGGGCUGGUUUUGUGGGGGCCCAGUUCUGGUCUGCAUACACCCCCUGCGACACCCAGAACAAGGACGCCGUGAGGAGGAUCCUGGAGCAGAUUGAUGUCAUCCACCGCAUGUGCCAGAUGUACCCCGAGACCUUUGUGUGUGUCACCAACAGCACAGGCAUCCAGCAGGCCUUCCAGGAGGGGAGGGUAGCCAGUCUCAUCGGCGUGGAGGGUGGCCACUCCAUUGACAGCAGCCUGGGCGUCCUGCGGGCUCUCUACCACCUGGGCAUGCGCUACCUGACCCUCACCCACAGCUGCAACACGCCCUGGGCUGACAACUGGCUGGUGGACACCGGAGAGGACCAGGCCCAGAGCCAAGGCCUGUCAGACUUUGGCCAGAGCGUUGUGAGGGAAAUGAACCGACUGGGCGUCAUCAUUGACCUGGCCCACGUGUCCGUGGCCACCAUGAAGGCUGCCCUGCGUCUGUCCAAGGCUCCCAUCAUCUUCAGCCACUCCUCAGCCUACAGCCUGUGCAGACACCGGCGUAAUGUGCCCGAUGACGUGCUCCAGCUGGUGAACCAGACAGGCAGCCUGGUGAUGGUGAAUUUCUACAACGACUAUGUCUCCUGCCAAAAGGAGGCCACCCUGUCCCAGGUAGCAGACCAUCUGGACCACAUCAAGAAGGUGGCAGGAGCCGGAGCUGUGGGCUUUGGUGGGGACUAUGACGGUGUUUCAAGGCUCCCCUCGGGGCUUGAGGAUGUGUCCAAGUACCCAGACCUGGUGGCCGAGCUGCUCAGGAGGCAGUGGACAGAGGCAGAGGUCAGGGGCGCGCUGGCCAACAACCUGCUCAGGGUCUUUGAGGCCGUGGAACAGGUGAGCGACCACGCGCAAACCCCUGAGGAGGUGCCCAUCCCCCUGGGCGAGCUGCAGGGCUCCUGCAGGACGACGUACGGCUACUCAGAGGCUCCCAGCUUCCAUCCUCCGCCGGGGGCCCUGCUGGCCUCCCUCAGCACCGUCCUCCUUGGUCUGUGUCUUCUGUGAUGCCCUGGGGUCUGGACCUCAGGAGGUCCUACAGCUCUGGGGAGACUGUGGCCACCGGAGCAGGGAGAUGCCAGGGUGCUGCUCCCCACGCAUAAAGUCUGGCCUCUCCAGAGCAUGUACCUGGGCCCCCCCGAGGGCGGUGAGCUGUGGGCAGGCCUGACCCAGACACGCCACACGUAGCACCACCAUCAAUAAAGGCAAUGACCCUUCUGAGUCAA